CGGUUCGCCACUAGUAGUUCAAAACUUCAGAUAGUCUUUUGGUAACUGACGGCGCUCGGCCGGCUUUUCCACCGUCUCCGCGACUCUUUUGGCGGUGCUUGCUCGGCUGCUCCGCCGCCGGCGCCGCACGGACCGCCGUCUUGCGCCGCUGGCCUUUGCCGCUACACAGCCUUCCCAUUUCCCCUGCCCAUCGGACGCUGGAUGCUCUGCCGUCGGGAUGCCUGGACCAGUCGCCACCUCGCCGCUCUCUGCCCGCCAGACACCUGACUGGGUGGCGCUGCGCAGCCACCACAGUAUCUACCGCCGGUGCUAGAGAGGGAACCAGGCGUCCGUUGGCUGGACACGGUGAUCCAGCCCCAUCUAGCACCGACGGGGGACUUCGCCUCCGCCAUUUGCUGGUCCUCCUGUGCACACCACCUGCUCGACCAAAUGCCCCGCUAGACCAGGGAAGCUGAUUCCAUGUCCUUCCUGGCAUCUGGCCGUGCCCGCCUCCUCCGGGGCAUCUCCAGUCACCGGCCACCACAGCAAGGACGCUACACCACAUGCUUCCGGCGUUACAAGGCGCAUUUCUUGCUUGAUGGAAUCGAGGAUGCAGCGGAGAGCGCUGCCGGAUCGCAGGAACCACCGGUGUCUCUGGCGAAGAGCCUGGCCUCUCUCGCUGAGGAGUCAACCAUUGCUGCUCAGAGGCAGCGGAAGCCCCUGUCCCGGAUGGAGCGGAAGAGGCUGGCCGAGCUCCGGAUAAAAAAGAGGGUCAAGGCGCAGUAUUUGAACGGCAAGUUUUACGAUCUCAUGGGUAAGGUGGUGGCUAGUGCCGAUACGUUGGAGGAUGCUUACGACAUUGUCCGGCUGAAUUCUAAUGUCGAUCUGGCGUCUCCAAGGGACGAUGUUUGCUUCAUCGCAUUGGCUGAGCAGCUCAGAAGCGGAGAGUUUGAUAUCGCUGUGAAUUCUUUCUCAGUAGCUGCAAAGAGGCAAGGAGGAGAGCGCAUUGUUCUUCCACGGCUCAACUUGAAAGUUAUCCAGGAAGCAGUUAGGGUGGUGCUUGAGGUUGUUUACAGGCCUCAGUUCUCCAAGAUAUCACAUGGUUGUCGGAGUGGGCGAGGAUAUCACUCAGCUCUGAGGUUCAUAUCCACUGAAAUUGGGUUUCCAGAUUGGUGCUUUACUGUCCCUUUGUACAAGGAGGUGGAUAGUGAUGUGGUCUUGAAGCUUAUUUCACAAAUACAGGAAAAGAUUGUUGAUGACCAGUUAGUGGCAUUCAUGCAAGAUAUGUUUGAUGCCGAGGUGAUCAAUUUGGUAUUUGGAGGGUUUCCCAAGGGCCAUGGAGUUCCUCAAGAAGGAGUACUUGCACCAAUCCUGAUGAAUAUUUAUCUUGACAGUUUUGACCAUGAAGUAUUUAGGAUUUGCAUGAAACAUGAAGGCCUUUAUUCAGGGGCAAAAAAUGUUACAGACAACCAGGGCUCCAAGUUGCGUCACUGGUUUAGAAGUCAAAUGAAGGAUGGGGAUCUAAAUAAUGAAGAUCAAACAGAGGGCCAGCCAAACGUGAGAUUAUAUGCUUGCAGAUACAUGGAUGAGAUUUUUGUUGCAGUUGUGGGGUCCAGAGACAUAGCAGAAACUGUAAAGUCUGAAGUUGUUGAUUACUUAAGCAAAUCGCUUUACCUGAAAGUUGAUGAUGGAUUGUGUCUUGUGCCAGUAAAAAAGGACUCUCGGGGGUUGCAGUUUGCUGGCACCGUAGUUAAGGCCGCAACAAAAGAAAGUGCUGCGCUGAAAACUGUUCACAAGCUGAAGGAGAAGGUCCGUUUAUUUGCUUGUCAGAAGCAAGAGAUAUGGGAUGCUAUGAAUCUUAGGUUAGGAAAGAAGUGGUUGGCAUAUGGUUUGAGGAGGGUAAAGGAGUCUGAGAUCAAGUCACUUGGUCUCAGUACUCCGUUGCUGGAUCACAUUGCACAAUUUAGGAAAGAGGGCAUGAAGACAGAUCAUUGGUUCAAAACUUUACUCAAGGUAUGGAUGCAGGACAUCAAUGCCAAAAAUGAAGCUAAUGAGGAGGUGCUCCUGUCAAAAUACAUUGCUGAACCAGCACUUCCGCAGGAACUCAGAGAUGCUUUUAACAACUUUCAGAAGCAAGCUAAUGAUUAUAUCUCAUCAGAAACUGCUGCUACAGAAGCACUGUUGUCCAGCUUGAAGAAUAAGGAAUCAAUGUAUACCUGCCCUGAUGAUGCUGCCAUUAAGAUUUAUGCGCCUCUUAGUUAUAUCAAGAAGUGCCUCAAUCGCUAUGGUGUAACUAAUCUUGAAGGUUUCCCUAAACAUGUUUCAGCCCUUGUUUUGCAAGAUGAUGAGCUAAUCAUAAGUUGGUUUGCAGGAAUAAUUCAUCGUUGGGUAAGAUGGUUCUCUGAGGUUGACAAUUUUAAAGAGCUUCAACUUAUGUUAGUUGAAUGUGUCAGGAAAUCUUGCAUUCGGACACUAUCUGCAAAGUACCGAAUGUACGAAAAAUUGACAGAAAAGCGGUUUGAACUUGAUGAUUAUGGCAUUCCAAUGGUCGAGGACUUUGAGGCAAUGAUAGCACAGCUAGAACCUAGUUCUUCCUCAGUUUCCGCUGAUGAAGCUCUGACGUAUGGCAUUUCUAGUAGUGGCUUAUGUGUGCUCACCCUCUCAAGAGUUAGAGUCCCUGCUCGGAAAUUCAACUGCUUUGUCAUGGGCUGCCAAUCUUCAUCACCAAGUUUGUACAUUAUUCAUGUGAAGGAGAAACAGCGGUUUCCAGGAUGGAGGACAGGUUUCUCAUCAUCAAUUCAUGGGAGUUUAAAUGGCAGACGAAUUGGGUUGUGUACCCAACAUGUUAAAGAUCUAUAUCUAGGGCAAAUCUCCCUUCAGUCAGUUGAUUUUGGUGUGCUGAUUAGAUGACUAUAAGAUGACCCUGAGGUUUUCAGUUUGAGAAUAUUGUUCCCUUUUAUUGUUUGCAAAUUUUAGCUGCUCCCAUGAUUCUCUGAAA